UCUCUCUCUCUCUCUCUCUCUCUCUCAGCCUCUCUCUGUCUCUUCCUUGCUCCCUCUCUUUCUCUCCUCCCUCUGCCUUCCCAGUCCAUAAAGUCUCUGUCGCUCCCGGAACUUGUUGGCAAUGCCUAUUUUUCAGCUUUCCCCCGCGUUCUCUAAACUAACUAUUUAAAGGUUUGCGGUCGCAAAUGGUUUGACUAAACGUAGGAUGGGACUUAAGUUGAACGGCAGAUAUAUUUCACUGAUCCUCGCGGUGCAAAUAGCAUACCUCGUGCAGGCCGUGAGAGCAGCUGGCAAGUGUGAUGCAGUCUUUAAGGGCUUUUCGGACUGUUUGCUCAAGCUGGGCGACAGCAUGGCCAACUACCCGCAGGGCCUGGACGACAAGACGAACAUCAAGACCGUGUGCACAUAUUGGGAGGAUUUCCACAGCUGCACGGUCACAGCCCUUACAGAUUGCCAGGAAGGGGCGAAAGAUAUGUGGGAUAAACUGAGAAAAGAAUCCAAAAACCUCAACAUUCAAGGCAGCUUAUUCGAACUCUGCGGCGGCGGCAACGGGGCGGCGGGGUCCCUGUUCCCCGCGCUUCCCGUGCUCCUGGUGUCUCUCUCGGCAGCUUUAGCGACCUGGCUUUCCUUCUGAGCGCGGGGCCGGCUCCCCCCUCCGCGCGCCCACCCACACUCACUUCAUGCUCCCGGAAAUCGAGAGGAAGAUCCAUUCGUUCUUUGGGGACGUUGUGAUUCUCUGUGAUGCUGAAAACACUCAUGUAGGAUUGUGGGAAAUCUUGAUUCUCUUUUUGAUUUCCUUUGAUUUCAUUUUAUUUGCCAAAUGUUACCAAUCAGUGAGCGAGCGAGCACAGCCAAAAUCGGACCUCAGCUUUAGUCCGUCUUCACACACAAAUAAGAAAACGGCAAACCCACCCCAUUUUUUUAAUUUUUAUUUUUUUGGCAAAAGAAUCUCAGGAACGGCCCUGGGCCAUCUACUAUAAAAUCGUGUUAAAACAUGAAAAAUGAUGGGCUCCUCCUAAUCGGAAAGCGAGGAGAGAAGAAGGCCAGGGGAAUGAAUUCAAGAGAGAUGUCCGCGAGCGAAGCAGAUGGUGAAUAAUUCACGCUCACGUCGUUCUUCCACAGUAUCUUGUUUUGAUCAUUUCCACUGCACAUUUCUCCUCCAGAAAAGAGAAAGGCCAGACUGUUGGCUUUGUGUUUAAAGGACAGGAGAGAGAAAGGAAAGGGUUUGAGGGAAUCUCUGGGGUAAAAGUAAAGGCUUCCAGAAGAAAUGCUGCUAUGGUCAGUGAGGGAUUAGCUUUACCUGCUGUUAUUGACGCAUCUUUCCAAGUUCACUGUCUUUAUUUUCCCUCCUCUCUCUUGUUUUAGCUGUUACACAUCCAUAAUGCCCAAAUAUCCAACGGUAUAGAUCACAAGGGGGGAUGUUAAAUGUUAAUCUAAAAUAUAGUUAAAAAAAGAUUUUGACAUAAAGAGCCUUGAUUUUAAAAAAAAUAAGAGAGAGAGAGAUGUAAUUUAAAAAGUUUAUUAUAAAUUAAAUUCAGCAAAAAAAAGAUUUGCUACAAAGUAUAGAGAAGUAUAAAAUAAAAGUUAUUGUUUGAAA